AUGGAGCGGGUUGUCGUGAGUACGCAGGAUCCCGACCAGAGCGUGAAGAUGAGGAGUCAACGCCUUCUAAUCAUCGUCAUUCCCCACGCGGUGGCCGGGCGCUGGGGCCUCCGCCCACUUGGCCCCUCCUGUGCCGGCAGCGACAUUGUGGAAUGGCUGGUCCAGAAGUUCUGCAUCUCGGAGGAGGAAGCCCUGCACCUGGGCACGCUCCUGGCGCAGCACGGCUAUAUCUACCCACUGCGUGAGCCCCGGGACCUGGCACUCCGGCCGGACGAGACGCCUUACAGGUUCCAGACACCCUACUUCUGGACAAGCACCUUGUGGCCAGCCACUAAGCUGAACUAUGCCAUCUACCUGGCCAAGAAGAACAUCCACAAACAAGGGGCCCUGCUAGACUAUGAGAAGGAGCAUUAUGCCCAGCUGCACAAGAAGAUCAAACAUGCAUGGGAUUUAGUAGUGAAGCAGGCUUGAGAGCAGCUGCAGGCUGCUAAGCAGCACCAGAAGAGAGACAGACUGGUCAUUUCGUGUCAGGAGCAUACAUACUGGCUGGUGAAUAGGCCCCUACCUGGGGUCCCUAAUAUUCUGGAGCUAGGUCCUGAGAGAGGAUCUUGCAGCUCUAGUUGAGUGCAGAUGAGCUCAGAUUUCUGUAAAUAUGAGAUUGAGUACUCCAGGAAGGCGCUGGACAGGAACCGGGUGAAGUCCUCUAUGUGCCUUGAGGCUUUUAAGUUCAGCAGCCAGCAUGGCCCACGUGAUCCCAUCAUGUCAGGGUGCCUGCCCAGCAACCCCUGGAUCACAGACGAUGUGGCCUACUGGGCCAUGAAUGUGCCCACAGUGGCUGCACCUACAAAGCUCCGGGUGGAGCAAUGGAGCUUCACCCUCCGGGAACUCCUGGAUGACCCCAUGGGGCAUACCCAUUUCAUGGACUUUCUCCAAAAGUUCAGUGCGGAAAACCUCAGCUUCUGGGAGGCAUGUGAGGAGCUGCGCUUUGGCAGACAGGCCCAGGUCCCUGCCCUCGUGGACGCUGUGUACCAGCAGUUCCUGGCCCCUGGAGCUGCCCACUGGAUCAACAUCCACAGCAGACCAAUGGAGUGCACCCUGGAGAGCCUGCGCCAGCCACACCGCUAUGUCAUGGAUGCAGCUCAGCUGCACAUCUACAUGCUCAUGAAGGAGGACUCCUACCCAAGGUUCCUGAAGUCUGACUUGUACAAGGACCUGCUGGCAGAGGCUGUGAUCCCAUUAGAGACCAAGCAUCGGGCAUUCCCAGUCUUGCAGAAGCCUCUGCACUCAAGCCCCAGCCCAGCUCUCCAACCUGCACCUGAGGAACCUGCAGGUGGUGAUGGGGAAGACUAGAUGGAUGCACCCUCCUGUCUGACAUCCUGUAGGGUCAUGUUCUCACAGAUGCUGGGCCCCACCACUGGUAUCCCCAUGUCUAGAGAGCCCAGCUUUGCUAUGGGGCCCUUGAACCUCAUCACAUAAGCCCUCCCACCCCCUUUGUAGAAGGGACUGGCCCAGAUUCCUAGGGGAGAUAUUUCACUGGCAAGUCUGAUGGGGACAGGACCCAUUCUUAGAAGUUGAAAUCAAGGCCCCGCAGAGCUCCUGGAAUUCUGUGGUCUUCAGUUCAGGUCUAGGCAACCAUCUCAUUUCCAGAAUUUUAAAUCAGUGUCACAGGCACUUGCCACAUGAAGUGCCACUGGUCUCUGGACAUGCCAUCCAAUCCAGGAGAGCUCUAACAUCACACUGUGUGACUCUAAUUCUGCUGAGGCUAUACCCAAUGGCUUCUGAGUAGACUAUGUCGGCAGGUACCACAUUCAUCUGCUGCAUGUAACAUCUUUUCCAUUGGCGCACUGUCUUCUCUAUUGGAUCUGUAUGAAGUUGACUCUGUGCUGUUACCCUGUGAGACUCCCAAUGCCCUUGAGGCAAGUCUUUCUCAAGGUGGCAGAGAUGGAUCCAGUCUUCCUGUCCAUGCUGACCUCUUUACCACUAGUACUCUUCUCCCUAUUCCCUGACUUAGGAUGAAGGAUGCUAGCUCCUUUUGCCAUUGCAGCCCACCCACAGGGCUGUUCUCCAUCCUCUCCCUACUUACUUCUGUAAAAAUAAGACUUAGGCCUGGGCCAGCGUGGUGGCGCACGCCUUUAAUCCCAGCACU